GUCAGCUUAUAGAAAUCGUCAGUGUCAAGAUGGCUACGGAACCAAAUAAGACCGAAAUCCUUACCAUUUUCAAAAGAUUAAGAUCUGUUCCUACCAACAAGGUAUGUUUUGACUGUGCUGCCAAAAACCCCAGUUGGGCAAGUAUUCCAUAUGGUGUCUUCUUGUGCAUCGACUGCUCUGGCAUCCACCGCUCACUGGGAGUGCAUCUCAGUUUCAUCAGAUCCACUGAGUUAGACUCCAACUGGAACUGGUUUCAACUUAGGUGUAUGCAGGUUGGAGGUAACGCCAAUGCGACGGCAUUCUUCCGCCAGCAUGGCUGCUCCACAAACGAUACCAAUGCCAAGUAUAACAGUCGUGCUGCCCAGAUGUACAGAGAGAAGAUUCGACAGCUAGCAAAUGUUGCAUUGUCUAAAUAUGGCACAGACCUUUGGAUUGACUCGUCUGCAGGAGGCACACCUGCAGUUUCUGACAAGAAAGAAACAGACUUUUUUGACGAACACACCCAGCCUAUUAAUGACUGGAACAUUGCACCAUCCUCUGAGCCAGAGCAGAACGGAGCCACUCUCGCCCAGCAGCUGACGAACACAGCUGCUAAAGGCCAGGAUGACAGCCAGCCAGAGGAAGGACCCAGCAUUGAUGGUUUGAGCACAUCACCCAAAGCUGCCAUUGAGGACUCCAUGCGUUUGUCAUCACGUGAAGGAUGGACACCUCAAGAUCUGAAACCUUCUAUCAUUGGGAAAAAGAAGCCCAUGGCAGCUAAAAAAGGGCUCGGUGCAAAGAAAGGUCUCAGUGCCCAGAAGGUGAGCAAUAAGAGUUUCUCAGAGGUGGAGAAGCAGGCACAAGUGGCUGAGAAGCUGAGAGAGGAGCAGGCCGUGGAGGCUAAGAAACAAGCCGAGGAAUCCAUUGUUGCCUCGAUGCGUUUGGCCUACAAAGAGCUGGAAAUUGACAGAAAGAUGGAGGAAAAGAAGCUCCAGAAUCUGGAAGGCAAGAAAAAAGAGCAGGCAGAGAGACUGGGCAUGGGCUUCGGCAACAGGAGUGCCGUGUCACAUUCAGUGAUGUCAGAGAUGCAGGUCAUCGAGCAGGAAACGCCCGUGGGAGCCAAGUCCUCUUCUCGCUCCAAACUGGAAAUGUUUGAUGAGCCUGGUUUCACCUCUGGACCUCCAAAAUACAAAGACAACCCAUUUACAGUGGGAGACAGUUUUGGAUCCCGGUGGGAUACUGAAGGAGGAACUGCCUCUUUCACCACCUCCUGGGCACUGGAGAAAGAUGACCCCAAGGAGGAGGUCACCAUCUCUAGUAUUCAACCAACUGGAGAGCGACUCCCCAGCAGAAGAAAAGCCGAGGUCUCAGCUUCAGUUUCCGAGUCAAGUGAGGCCAGGCAGAAGUUUGCCAAUGCGAAGGCCAUCUCCUCAGACAUGUUCUUUGGUCGGGAGAGUAGUGCUGAGUAUGAUGCAAAGACGAGGCUGGAGAGCAUGUCUGGAAGCACUUCCAUCAGUUCAGCUGACCUGUUUGGAGAUGGCAGUGACCACAAAGGAAGAGCCUCAGGCUUUGACAGCGUGCUUCCCUCUGGCCCGGACAUCGCUCAGUUCAAACAGGGAGUCAAGACCGUUGCGGGAAAGAUGGCUGUCCUCGCCAAUGGUGUCAUGAACACGAUCCAGGACCGCUACGGCUCCUACUGAGCAGCAUCGACCGGUGGGAUGACAUCACCUGAACUAACACCUGUGUGGAGCCAGACAGCCUCUUGACUGACACGUGCGUUUGGACGGAGAAGAUGGGACGAGACAUGGGCAGCAGAAAGUAUUGCAUGGGAAAAGAAAUGUCCGUCACGUCCGUCCUCCAUUAUUGACAGUUUGAGACAGUAUUUUCUUCUCUCAUUCUCAUUAGCAGACUCUUUAAGUUUGAUUUUCAUGAGCAAAGCCGAGCAUCACAGGUUGUAUUCUUUUCUAAACCAGAGUUUUGUUGUAAUUUACUGUUUGGAAUACUUUGGUCUUAGAUUUUCAAAAUGAUGUCAGUUUAUUCUGCUAUAUUUUAUUCCUUUGCAGAAGUUGUUUAUUUCCAUUCAUAUAAUCAAAUAUGUCAUGCUAGUUUUUGUUUUAUUGUGACAUUUAAAAAAAGAGGCAGUAUAUAUUUUUGUGUUAUUUGAACAACAAUCCCAAACUCAGUGCUGCUCACUUGUCCACGGUUUGUUUUCUUCUUCUUCAUAAAGCACUGACUGAUUUUCAACUCUUUGAGUUUGGAAUUAUGCAUUUCUGUCUGCGUGAAACGUGGAAGCAUCACAUUUUUGAUGUGCAAGUUGUUAUGGUUACAUGCUGUGUUUGAAACAGAUGGUGCAGCAGUAAAGUCAUCAUUCCCUAUAACAAACUUCCAGCUUCCAAUACUGGGAAUUAGGGAGGGUUAAAUCCAACUCCAGUAAGCACUGCAGACAGAAUAUGCUGUCCCAGCUCAAAACUAUAAUACUGUAUUGACUAUGCAUCUCCACUCUGCAACCUUCAGCUGUGUUUCACUUGUUUUUGCUUGUUGAAUCUGAAGUCUGCCUUGAUUUUACAGUCAGUGCUUUUAUGUUUGGAAAGCUUGUAUCCUUUAAGUUCACAUAUUCAGUUUUAAAUAGAAAAAUGAUCCUCGCAUUAACAAUGUGAAUACAAUAGUAUUUAACUCGAGGCAAGGAAUUCUCUCUAAAUUUCACUGCCAUGUACAAUGCAGUUAAAUACAGUGAACUGUGAAAAUUCACCACGCUUGUUCGUAUCCCAUCUUGUCUCGUGUGUUCAGGGCAGACUUUACGUUCAACAAGUUUUGGAAAUUGGAUAAAAUUCGAAAGUAGUUCUUCUUCUUUUUCUCUCUCAUGCAUCAAAGUGUAAUUUUGAUCACCCCCGUGUGUGCGCCCUUCCCAUGGUAAAAAUGUGGGGCGAUAGGAUGAAACAUUCAAAACUAUUUAUUUGUAGGUUACAAAAAGAAACAGUUAAUAAAGAUCAAAAACCUCUGCUUUGUUUUCACUGACGUCAACUUUCUCACAAACACCCAAAGCUAAACCUGUGGUUGCUGUCGUACUAGAUUUUACUCUGUGCAACAUUCACACAUUUUUAUAUAAAAGCAGACUUAUUUUUCUACAUGAAAAUGAUCCAAAAGUGGAAAAAAAUCAUCACUUUUGCUACUGGAAAUCAAUGGACCUAUUAAGGAGCUAUUGUGACAUUGGUGGGGACGCCCCACAGAUUUUAAUGCAAAGAAAUUGAAGUCAGUCUUUGAGCUAUUUCAGUCAGGCAACUCAAACUGUGCUGCAGCAGGCUGUAAACAUGCAGUUUGGACUGGACAGCCUGGUUCUGCUGUUGGCGUCUUCCUGUUAAAACUGACCACUUCCUUCCUCACCAAACGCUUGCUCAUAGGGAGCUGUGUGACUGAACUUUCUAACAUUGUAGGUUCUUCAGCUUCAGUAUCAAACACUCUCAGGUGAAUUGGUGCUAUAAACCUGAAUUAAACUGAACUGGUUCUGGUACAAGUGAUUUAGCUCCCAUCUUCCAGCCCUGGAGGUUGUUUGGUGGGAACAUGAUUACUAUACUGUGGAUAUCUUUUAAUAUGAGGCCCCUCCAUUCUGUUUGUGGAAAAUCUGAAGAAUGACCAGAACAGAGGUCUGUUGUUCAAUGCAAGGUUUAUGCUGGUGUAUUACAAGCGCUAAGCCUUAUAAUUUUGUUUUUAAACUACUGUUGCUUCAGCUCAUCCUUAGCGUACGUGUUUGUUAGCUGAUUGUUACUA